AUGGACAGACCACUCGGCCCAACCAGCACAGACGUCCGCGAGCUCGCCGCCCAAGAAACCUCCUCGGCAGUGAUCUUCCCCUCCUUCACCUCCACAACCGCCUGGUCCCUCGGCCUCGCCCUCCGCGACCGCAUCCUCUCCCUCCCCGCCGACCAGCGCAAACCGGCCCUGAUCUCGAUUUCUCUAAUCGGCGGUUCCGAGCCGCACGUUAUCUUCCAGUGCGCGACGGAACCGGGCACCAUCGCCGAUAAUGAGGUGUGGGUGAGGCGGAAGCGGAACACCGUGCUGCGGUGGGGCGUGUCCAGCUGGUUGAUGCGGAAUAAGAUGCUGGCGAGUACGGGGCUCAGUGCGUCCGAGGUGGAGGAGGCGUUUGUGAAGAAGUACGCGCUCAACAGCUCGAGUGGUGGUGCUGCGGAUGACUAUGCCAUCCACGGCGGUGCGUUCCCUGUUCGGGUCAGGAGCGUUGAUGGUGUGGUGGGCGUCAUUGUUGUCAGUGGGUUGAAGCAGGAGCACGAUCACCAGGUCGUUGUCGAGGUGGUCCGGGAUUACAUUCUCCAGAACAGCCAUUGA